CGCUAGCCAGACCAUUCCCCAGCCUACAGUCAUUGGGGUGGACGGCGGGGAAGGGUCUGGUACACUCUUUAAUGUAGUUUUGUUCUCCCGUCCAAAAGUGGACGUGACCAAUGAAAAUCCUUGAAGCUAACUCGUCAUAAUUUGUCACAUAGAUAUCACAUGAUAUAAGAUGGCGGAUUUUUGCUUGGCUUGUGGUGGAACACUUGUAAAAGGAUCUAGGGCAUCUGCCAGUGAUAUUUCGGUACUUUUGAAGCGAUUACUCACAAAGAGACUAGAAGAGAACCAUAUGGAAGCUGAUUUGGACUCUAUUAUUAGCUGUUCUUGCGUCUGUAGGGCCUGUUUUAAAUCAUAUACCACCCACCAAGAGAAAGAAGAACGCCUUUUUGCAGCAACAGCCAAUUCUGUCAAUGGCAUUGAGUCAGUAAGCAGCAGUCCCAAUCCUGUCACUCCUAUGAGGAGAGUUGCUUCCAGUAUUGACAGUGAUCUUAUGUCAGCAACCAAAAGAAGAUGUGCAAAUAGCGAGACAAAUAGUGAUGACUCUCCACCAAUUGUAGUUGGAAUUGGCUAUAAAAGUGGAAGCAAGUCAUAUAAUCAAACGAGUCCUCAAAGAAAGAAUUUUAUUAGUAAGCUUGCAAGGUCUGGUGACAGUGCUAAGAGUGUUGCACGUGAAGCAUUAAAUGAUCUUGAGGUUAGAAAGUACCUAGCUGUUGGAAUUGGGAAGCUCAUAAAAACCGAGAUCAAGACUCUCUGUAGUGAACGUGUUGACUCUGUUCAGCGUUCAUCAAGUAAAGAUGAUAUUCUGUCUUUCCCUUGGGCAAGGAUUUUAGAUGAAGUUAAGCAACACUGCCCACUGCUGCUCUCUUUUAUGUUAGCAAGCACUGAUACAAAGGCACAAAGGCCAAAUCGUGUACAUCUAAUUUGUACUAUUGUGUGCAUGUUGUCAAAGUAUCAUUAUUGUCGUAUGUCCCUUCUACAGAAACUUGUGUCGGCUAUAAUGUAUGCUGGUCACUGUGGAACAAUGGUUUAUAGGAGACUCCAGCAACUAUCGAUAUGUAUGGGCAAAAAUGCUAUUUACACUCUCAUAACUUCUCUUGGUCAAGAUUAUGACUCCAAUGUAAAGACUUGGCAAUCAAGUCUUUUAUCACGCACACAAACUCAAGAUCAAAUGAACAGUAGUGAUAUGCCAUCAAUGUUAGAAUUUUGUGAUAACAGCAGCGAUGAUGAAGACUUACAUGUAGCUAAUGAUCUGCAUGUACAUUAUGUUGAUACUUUCUUGAACAAUGAAACUUCAGAAGAAAAUGACCAUAAUGGGACUACUAUAGAAGACGGGAUUGAGGAAACAGAGUCUGUUGUUUCUAGAGCAUCCACUCCCAAUCCGCCUACAUUUUCUGAUAUAUCAAACAAUCUAGAUACUUGUAACUUUGAUGAAGAUGUUAGUGAAAGUCAUAAAGAUCCCUGGAAUGGAUUUAAGAUUGUAGGUGAUAAUAUCAACAUCACAAUUAAUCCAAGGCAUAUGAGAGUAGAUGAAAAAGCCAAAUCGUUACACUUCUUUCACUGCUAUGCUGUACGUGAUCGCAUUGAUCUUUCUGGAGCAUCUGAAGAUCCUAAUCCGUUUCUUCACAAGGAACUGUGUGAGCUACCAGUCACUGACUUGCUACCAACUGCAUCUGAUGAUAUUUCCCUUUUGUCUAACCUAUCUGUCUUGAUUGGAAGAAUCCUUGUGAAGGAGUUACCAUACUUUACCAGAUCGUUCGAUUGUGCCACUACUGAUCACAUUACACACACGUACUAUGAUGAAAUGGCAGUAAAGUCAAUGACAGAACCGUUAGGUAUCAUUCUAAAGAAUGAGAACGUGUUGGAAGACAUGAUUGAGAUUUUACUACACCUCAAUGAAUAUGUGCCAUGUCAUACUCAAACUGCACUUGAUUGCGUAACACAGCUUGAAGUAACUGCUGAUGCAAUUCAUGAAAUUCUACUUGGAGGCGACCAACUUACCAGAAAGAGGGUUGAAAGUGCUAAAGAGGGCAGGAAGAAUGAUGUCAGUUUGUUCACAAGAUUAAAGGGAUUCAUUCCUGUGACUGAAGAUUGGCAUGCUAAGAAGAUAUUUCUUGAAAUGAUUUGGAAAUGGCUCUACAACACCAAAAGCUUCCUAGAUAAAGGUACUUUGUGUCAUCUGAGGAAUGUGAUCGACCGUAGGAAUAUUUCAGCAACAGCUGCUGAUGAUUUUAAUGCCUGUGACGAUUUUUUCACCAGUGUUGUCCAGUGCCAUGUUGUAGCUGCUGCAAUGAACCAUCUGGAAAUGAAUGAUCGUAGUGAUAUGCCAGUCCAUCCAUUGUUGCAUGACGGUUUGUGGUCAGAGGACAGUGAGAAGCGAAAGGAUGUGUUGAAUGAAGUAGCAAAGGAGAUUGCCUUGUCCUACAUGGACAUUUUUGCCCACCACAAUUUAGAGGAUGACAUCGAUGAUGAUAAUGUCAAGAAGUAUGCAGUAGAAGUAUUGUCUCAAGGGAUGUUGUACAUGGAGUAUAGUGAUAGUAUAAGAGAAGGUGAUGGAGAAUGGAUAUUACGUUGCUGGAGGUAUCUGAUGCUUAUUUUUAAGGCACGAAGACGUACCAAUUAUAGUAUUGAAGCAUUUAAUCUACUUGCGCAAUACCAUUUCUUUUUAUCACAAAGACAAGGACUUCAACUACUAUGGUCUCGUACUAUUAAUAUUCAUGGUGUACCGGGACACAACAUUCCUUGUGACAUGUAAAUGGAGCACCUGAAUAGAGUAUGUAAGGAGGCUGUAAGGACACUAUCGGCUAACAAAACACCACAAGCCAUACAGCGUGCUGCUAAAUGUGUUGGUGUAAUUGAUGCUUUACUGGAUGACUAUGACAGGCAGUUAAGUUUAAAGGAGAUAUCUGGAAAGCAUACUGUUGCCAGCACAGAAAAGGAUAAUGAAAUCCUCUUGCAGCAUUUGCUGGAAGCCGAAAUAUUUUCUUACCACAAAGGAAGGGCACAUUCCUGUUUCAAAAACAUACCAAUCAACAUCAUUUCAUCAAUGAAGCAUAGUGACAAAGUCAGGAAAUGGAUGAUUGACCAGUUACACUUACUUAGAAACACAAUAGUUUAUUAAAAUUUUUUAUUAAAUAA